AUGGCUCGAUCAUUGAGAUCGUCCACGACAAAGGCUGCUGAACCUACUCAGCUCUCCAGUCCACCAGCAACCCCAGCGACGACCAAGAAAUCGCCGGCUCGUGCGAAGAAGAAUGCGACAGUCGCCAAGGAGCAACUGAGCACACCUGCCAGUAAUCGCAAACGUCCCCGCAAGGCCGUCAAACAAGAACCUGAGGGAGAUGUGAACGAUUUGCCCCACAAUCUUGGUCCACUUCGCACUCCUGCCGGCGACGAUGAGUUAGAAUCGUCUCCUCCCAAAAAGCGGACCAAAAGGGCAAAGGGCUCACCGACCGCUGCCAAGAUGGAAGAGAUCCCAGAGGCACAGAUGGAAGACGUCCCAGAAGCAACUCCGAAGAAGUCACCUAAGAAAAAGGCCAACUAUGGCCUGACUCCUGGCACGUCUCCGUACCCAGACUACCUUCGGCCAACCCCAGAAGAGUGCCAUGAAGUAGUUCGUUUGUUGGAGAAAGUGCAUGGCAAGGUUGUGGCCCCAAAGACUAUUGCUGAGCCAUCUCUCGAUGUUGCGGGAUGUGGAGAGGUGCCCUCUGUACUCGACGCACUGAUCAGGACACGACUAAGCGCGAACACCACAAACAAGAACUCUUCAACAGCGUUUCAAGGUCUCGUGGCUCGAUUCGGUACGCUGAAGGAAGGUGUCGGAAAGGGCUCUGUGGAUUGGGACGCCGUUCGUACCGCCCCGAACCGAGAGGUUUUUAAAGCAAUCGAGAGAGGAGGGCUUGCAAAUGUGAAAUCGAAAGAUAUUCAGGCGAUCCUUCAGAUGGCGUACGAAGAGAAUCAGGCGCGUGGUGCAGCUCUCGCCGAUCCGUCCAACGACCCGGCUGGCGCUGAGAACGAGCCAGAGAGCGAGAAGCAGGAAGAGAUCAGCAAGGCGAAGCAGAACGUCAUCUCAUUGGACUACAUCCAUUUGCUCAGCACGAGCGAGGCCAUCGACAAGAUGCUGACAUUCCCUGGAAUCGGACCUAAGACCGCUUCCUGCGUGGCUCUGUUCUGUCUUCAAYGACCUUCAUUUGCAGUGGAUACGCACGUGUUCCGCCUGUGCAAAUACCUUGGCUGGGUUCCGAGCUCCACUAAGAAAGGCGAGCCCAAGGUUGAUCGCAAUACUGUGUACUCCCACUGCGAUGUUCGGCUUCCCGACGAGCUGAAGUAUCCUCUGCACCAGCUUCUGAUCCGCCAUGGCAAGGUCUGCCCACGAUGCCGGGCGAUCACGAGCAACCAAAGUGCAGGAUGGGAAGAAGGAUGUCCGAUCGAGCAUCUCGUGAAGAGACAUGGCGCGAGGAAGGGUGGAGUAUCGGUGAAGGAUCGGAAGAAGGCCAAAGGUGCCGCCGUUGAGGAUGAAGACGACGACGAUGAGGUUGGCGAGGUUGACGAGGGCGAAGAUGGCGAGCUUAGCGAUGUGCCGUCAGAUGUUGACGAGGAUUGA